AUGUCGAUGCCCUACCGCGAUUUCUCAGAAAACCCCGAAGGUCCUGGAUCAAAAAAUGUCUUCAGAAAGUACUGGAAAGCAAUCUUGUUCGGGUUUAUGUGUUUUCUUAUGAUAUGUCUCAUUUUUUUCCUGAUCUUGUUUCUUGUUCUCUUGAAACCAACUGACAGUAUAACAAGUAGUACGGUACUGCCAAUAAGUGGGACCACAACAGAUUCAAAUGCAACAACGGAAGUCUCUACUACUCCUUUACCAAUUAUUAUCAACACUACCUCCAAACCUCAUCCAGCUCCUUUUUUGGAGGGUUCUACCACAGUUGGCUUUUCAACUGGAUAUCUAACUACCAAUAGACUGAUUACUGAGCUGACCUCUGCACAAUCGACGACAGGCACAGAAUCUUCUACGCCUUUCGCACUUCGGUCUAGUUACAGUACCUCUGGAACCACAAAAAGUUUCACCACAGCACCUGCAAUAGUAACUACACCAGAACAAUCUACAACUUUUGGUUUAACUACGACUCUAGAAGAUUCAACUACAUCAAAACCUUUGACUACAAAAUCUAUUUCAACGUCGCCUUCACCUACACCGGAAUAUCUGAGUAGCAGCACUCAAGAAACUACAAUGAGUUUAACUACAAUUAGUACAUCAGAGUUAACUACACCUCGAAGUACAACAACUAUGAGAACUACUACAGUAUCAGAACCAUUCUUAUCAACUGUUGCUUCAAGUACUACCUCUGAAACUUCAAAAAGUUCAAGCACAGUUUUGAAAGACCUUACUACUAUCAAACAUAUACCAUCUUCGUUGUUCACUACUUCGGAAACACCUACAAAACCUAGUGAGGGAUCUUACACUUCCAAAUCCCAAACAACUGCUGACCUCACUACAAUCAAAUAUCUACCUACUACUGAAACAACAUCAGUUAAAUAUAUGCUGUUUACUACAUCUACAACUUCAAAACCUAGUGAGAGAUCUUCCACAUCCAAAUCCCGAGUCACUAGUGAUCCAAAGACAAGUACUGACACCACAACAGUGUCAACUACAGUAUCACAAGGUACUAGUAGUUCUUGGGCAACUGUAACUACACCGUCAGGUAGCACAACACCAACUUCUCCAUUUUCCGAUACUGAUAGUACAGUCCAAACAAAAUCUACCACAGUAAGCUCAACUACAUUUACUACUGCUCCCGGAUCAAAAUCUAUCAAACCUGAGUCAACAACGCCUCUCAAAACCACAGAACAUUUGACUAGUACUGUAGCACAAUCAACAUCUACUACAUUAAUGGAGACCUCGACCACACCUAACCCUCCACUAACCAGCGAUCUAAGAACAAGCAGUGCCCCUGAAACCACAACAGAGACAUCUACAGUGACCACCACAGAGUCAACUACACCCAAAAGUACUACUGUAGAAAUUACUACUGUGACAAAUCCGUCAGUUUCUUCUACAACUGCUUCUACUUCCACAGUACCCUUGGCAAGCACUAGUAGUGUAAGCAGUUCUACUACGCCACCUGUAACUGCAACUAGUCAGUCAGUAGAAUCCACCACGGGUAGUACUACCACAGUACCAACAACUCCGGAUAAGUCUACAGUUUCUACUAUUGUGGCAGAAUCCACCACAACCAGAACUAGUGAUCGUAGUACAAGCAGUGCUCACAAAACGACUGGAGUUUCAACAAACACUCCAGUAGAAUCUACCCUCUCUAGUAUUACCACAGGAUCAUGGAGGACCACAACACCGAAGUAUCUGUCGACUACUGUAACAACACCUUCGUCAACUAUGCCUGAGUUUACUACAACAAAGACUAAACAAUUUUCGACCACAUCUGAGCUCAUUCCUACCAGCGCUUAUCAGUCAAGCGGUACAAAGAGAACUGCAGAAUUUUCAACAACAAGAGUAACGACGCCAUCAACCUCCGUUAUAACAACAACAGCAUCUUGGGGAACCACUGAAACUACAGAACACUCAACUACAUCUGAUGAAUCCUCUUCAACUUUUACUGUUUCGCCUAAAUCAAUAUCAACGACGCCGUCAACUAGCACUCAAGAAACUACAAUGAGUUCAACGACAAUUAGCACAUCAGAGUUAACUACACCCCAAAGUACAACAACUACUACAGUGUCAGAACCAUCCUUAUCAACUGUUUCUUCUACUGAAACCACAAUUCCUACUAGUGAAAAAACACAAACUCUGUCUACUACUUCUGAAACUUCAAAUGUUUUAACCACAGUCUUGAAAGACCUCACUACAAUCAAACAUCUGCCUACCACUGAAACCACAAUUCUUACUAGUCCAUCUAUUAUGUCUUCUAAUGUUAUCACUACUACAGUACCUCUGAGCAACACUACUAUUGAAAAGACGACAACAUACAAAAGUUCGCCCAUCAGUAGCUCUAGUACUGCUGAAACCACAAAAUCCACGUCCACUUCAGCUACCUCUCAGCAAUCUACAACAGUAUCUACUGAUGGCACUACCACCACAUCACCGCUAGAAACAACUACAUUCUUGAAAUACACGUCUACAUCUGAAUCCCAGUCAACAAGUGGAACAACCAUUCCUGAAGCCACAACCACAACACCCUGGCUAUCUUCAAUUUCUACCACUACAGUACCACUAACAACCACUGAAAAAACCACAUCUGAUCAAAGUACAAGUAGUACUGUUGUGUCAAGUGGGACUACAAUUGGUUCAACUACUGUAACCGAAUUAGCUACUACAACAAAGCCAUCAAGUAAGUCUACAGUACCUUCCGUGACUACUGUGACUGAAAAACGCUUGACUAACCCUCUACAUACCAAUGGACCGAUCACCAAUACCGCAGCUUCGGAAUUCUCUACUAAACCAUCUAGUAUUACUACAGCGAAACUUGUCCCAACUAAUAGUCACAUCACAACAAAGAGCACAGGAAAUCCAUGGACUACUGUAGCUACAUCUAAAACCGCGACUACACCUGUCGAAUUAAAAACAUCAACACAAAUUCUUACGACGGUUAGCAGCACAGAAAAAUCUACCAUGAGUUCAUCAACUAUUUCUAAGAAAAUUAGUACAACAAAGGCGACUACACCCAAAAGUACUACUGUAGAAAUUACUACUUCUACAGUACCCUUGGCAAGCACUAGUAGUCUUAAUACUGUAGAAACCACAAAACCCUCAGCCCCAAGUACAGCUACUAGUACCCCCUCCACAACCGAACAUGUGUCUACCAGUGGAGCAACAACUACGAUAGCCACAAGUAAACCACCCCCAACCACUAGAGAGCAAACUACAUCAGGUCAUACUACAGUAUCACCGGCGACUACAAGAAGCUCCAUCGGAACUACAAAACUUUUAACCGCUGUUUCAAGCACUACUUCUAAAUCCACAAAUGGUUUGACCACUGUUAUUAAAUCCACUUCUACAGUACCACCGAUCAAUUCUACUACCAGAAACAAAACCACAGAAACCCCUCCGAUAGCUUCAGUUCAAAAACAAAAAUCGCCAGAUCCGGUAUUCAAGUACUGCAAAAUAGUUUUCGUCGUGUUACUCGGUCUACUUACUCUAGGCCUUAUCGUAUUCCUUAUUCUAUUCUUUGUAGUUUUGAAACCUGCAGAUCAAAGUGCAAGUAGUACUGUAGUGCCGAGUAUUUCUACAACUGGUUCAACUACUGUAACAACAAAGUUAGCUACUACAACAAAACCAGCGAGUAAGUCUACAGUAUCUCCAGUGACUACUGUAACUGCAAAACCCUCGACUACAUUAAAGCCUUUACCUACUAAAGGACCGAUCACUAAUACCGCAGCUCCGGAAUUGUCUACUACAUCGCCUUCCGAUGUAUGCUCUCCAAUAACUAAUACAACAUUCCUGUUUGCCUACUCCAACGACCUCACAUCUACCUUGAUUAAGAAGGCUCUUGGUGACGUUAAGAAAUACAUUGUGAACCCGAAAAUUACAACGUUUGCGAAUAAUCGAUUUGAUACGACUACAGAUGACCCUAUUCAUUUUCAUGCCUCGAAAGACGACUUUGACAAAUCCGUCAAUGCAUUAUUACCUGAUUCAAAACUGAAACUUCCGAAUACCAAAGAUGGAAGUAAUGUUCUUAACAUGUUAAAGAAAUUCCUUGAGCAACCAACUUGCGGAGCCAUAGUUUACAUCCUAAUGAAACGACUGCCGGACACUGUGGACGUCACAGAUCUAAUCCAGGAACUUCGAGAAAAUCACAUAUCUGUGUUUUCUGUAAUUGACUCCGCUGUUAUAGGUAGCAAGGAUCAAAGCAUAAUGUGCAAGCUGGCUCACACAACAAAUGGAUUUUGUGACUACCAAAUAGCUAGUAAAUUGGAAAAUGAAGUUUAUGAAACAAUGUGGAUAGUGUCUAGAGUCCAUGUAUUUGUAUCACAAAGCUAUCAAGUAUCCGGAAAAGGUACUAUAAAAGUUCCAUCGUUUGUAAGACCACCACAAGGAAAUGAGCAAGGAUCGAUGGGUCUGGUGGUCACUUAUCAGAAUCAUGUACGAGAUGCUAAUUUCAAAGCACUGUCUUUUAAGAUCAAAAAUGAUCAGAAUACAGUUGUGUUACCCGGUCAGGCAAAACCAACAAAUGGAAAUGCUUUGUUGGCGCACCCUGUGUUGAACAAUACUGUCACUUAUCACAUUGAUAUCGAUUAUGAAUAUGAGAAAACGAAUACGAUUGAGAAGAUUGAAGUGAGAUUUUAUAGCAUUUCGUCUUUCAACUUGAUGCCCAGUCUACCAAAAGAUUCUCUGUUCGAUGUUAUUGCUGGUUCUGAAGUGACAAGGGAUACUGAAUCCUUUAGAGAAGCAGUUCUAGUUUAUCAGAAUGUGGGGUGUCCAGAAGAGGAAUCUGAGGUGCCAGGCUCCCAGUCUCAAGAUGUUACCACUUCUGAACUAACCUCUGCAUCUUCAAUAGAAUCAGAUCAGAGUACAUCAAUUCUGAGAAGCAUAGCACAAGUAGAAGAGGAGUCUGAGGUGCCAGGCUCCCAGUCUCAAGAUGUUACCACUUCUGGACCAGCCUCUGCAUCUUCAAGGAAAUUAGAUCAAAGUACACCAAUUUUGGGAAGCAUAGGACAAGUUCUGCCCAGAAUAAGAGAAGACAUAGAACCCAAUGAACCAACUAGGCCUUCUGAACCUUCAAUAAAAAAACUUCCACGUUAUGAAAAUCUAGAAAAUUUAGAACUAUCAAAUGAAGCAAUCAGUUCUUCUGAAUUAUCUCGAGUGAGAGCCUCUACCUCUUCAAGAGAACCACCAAUUCUGGAAAGCAUAGGACAUGUAGAAGAGGAAUCUGAGCUGCCGGGAUCCCAGUUUCAAGAUGUUACCACUUCUGGACCAGCCUCUGGAUCUUCAAGGGAAACAGAUCAAAGUACACCAAUUCUAGACAGCAUAGGACAAAUAGACCAAGAACCCAAUGGACCAACCAGGCCUUCUGAACCUCCAGCAGAAAAUCUUCCACGAUAUGACAAUCUAGAAAAUUUAGAAUCUUUUCGAGUAAUCAGACAACUUGUUCCGGUUUAUCAGUAUGUGGAUUGCCGAGCAGAAGAACCUGUCAGAUUCCGUCCUCAACCUGAAGAAAUCCCUGUAGAAACUCCGUGUCUAGAUUUCAGUGUCAAUUUUGUGUUAGACUACUGGAAAAUCAUUUUGAUAGGGUUGUUGAUACUUGGUGUCAUAAUUUUUUUGAUUAUAUUUUUUACCGCGUCAAAACAUAGUAGUGUAGCACCUACUUUUGGUACAGUAACUACUACUGUUACGGAGUCAAUGCAAUCUACAAUCUCUACAACGUCGUCUAUUACAAGUGUUGCAGCCAAACUUACUUCUCCACCUGUUGAUGAGCCAAGCACAAUUAGUACACGAUCCAAGACCACCAUUACUACCACAUCCUUACCGGUCCAAAAUUGCACUCCUAAAACAGAUACAACUUUUCUGUUUGCGUAUUCCAAUGACUUGUCACCUAGCGUGGUUGAGAAGGGACGUGACUUGAUUCUUCAAUAUAUUCAAACUUCAAAAAUAGUGAGCUUCGCAAAUAUUCGAUUCGACACCACUACCGAUGAUUUGAUUUAUUUCCACAGUUCCAAAGAAGAAUUUCAGAAAUCGGUCACAAACAAUUUACCGGAUUCUAAACUAAGUUUCCCUAGUACAAAUACUGGAAGUAAUGUUCUCAAUGUUCUCCGGAAAUUCCUUGCUAAUCAAGAGUCUCCACUUUGCGGUGCCAUAGUUUAUAUAUUAAUGAAACGGUGGCCGAAUACCCAAGAUGUUUCCGAGCUCAUCUCACAGCUCCGCCAACGUCACAUUUUUGUGUAUACUGUAUCUGACACCAGUCAAUCGGGCGGUGAAAAUCAAAGUCUGAUCUGCGAAGUGACCCAUGGUACCAACGGGUUUUGUGACUUCCAAUCAACUGGUUAUAUGAAAGAUGAUAUGUACCAAUCUCUUCAAUGCAUCUCAAAUACUUUUCAAAUCGUUUCACAGAGCUAUGAAGUAACCGGAAAAGGAGUCAUACGCGUACCAUCUUUUGUGAGACCGUACCAAAAUAAUGGGCUAGAACCUAUGGCUCUGGUUAUUACUUAUCAAAAUCAUAAACGUGACUCGAACUUGAAAGCAGUAGGGUAUACUAUUUUCGACGACAAGAAUGAAAAUGUGUGGAUGAAUUCCUUGAAAUAUUGGGAUGGAAAUGUUUUCCUGGAUCAUCCUGUGCUCCAAAACAAUGUCACCUAUCAAAUAGUUAUCAACUAUGAAUAUGGAGACGUGAGGGAGGAGAAUAUUGAAGUCAGAGUGUAUAGUAGUAGCGCAGUGGACUCUUGGUUGCCGUUUUCUUGUUAUGCACAUCCUUGUUGA